AUGUCUACUGCUCCCGGUCUUAGAGCCAUCGCCAUGACGAUGCCAACAUAUGGCUGGUUGUCCGGGUUAUCAGCAGCUCAGUGUGAGUGAUCUCGGCUGAGGAAUGGCAGCCAUUCCAGCUAUGCCACCAAAGAGCCACUGCCUGCCAAACACACACGCAUCCUCUCACCUCUCUGCUCUCUGUCUCUGUCUCUCUGUCUGUCUCUGUCUCUCUGUCUGUCUCUGUCUCUCUGUUUGUCUCUGUCUCCUCUCCUUUCCUCUCCUUUCCUUGCCCCCCCCCCCUCUCUCUCAGCCUCCAAUGGUUAUUGAUUUAGAUUCUGCCUCACAACACACUGCCAAGUCAAGUCAUCCAUUCAUGUAUUAAGUCAGAUUGACAGAGUUUCUGGCUGAGCCCUAAAAAUGAUGUGUGGGGACGGAGGAGAUUUGGAAUCUGUAUUGUAAGAGGAUUUUGGUCAGGCUGUUAUGGUGGCUGUUGCUGUUUUGAGUUGGCAUAUUUAAAGGUCCUCCAGCAGACUGCUCUCCAUCUGCCCCAGAGUCCAGGCCCACCACUUACACACCCUCUUCCACUGCUUCAACCCCCAAGCUUCUGUGGCGGUCCCAUUUUCCCAUCUGCCUACCGAACUGGCUCCAACCCGUCCACCCCUCUCUUCUCUCCUCUCUCCCAGGGUAUGAGUGGGAUGUGUGGGGGUGAGAUGAUGAUGAUGAUGAUGAUGAACGAAUCCCCUUCCUGCCUGUCCACCCACUGAUACUCCCUGCCUGCCUGGGCUGAAUGCACUACCACAGUACUGCAGAGGAGCUAGUGUGUAUGGAUAAGUAAUGUAGGAGCAACUCCCUCUGCUUUGUGGGCUAAAUCAUGGUGUGCUAAAUCAUGUUGUGCUAAAUCACGGUGUGCUAAAUCAUGGUGUGCUAAAUCAUGUUGUGCUAAAUCACGGUGUGCUAAAUCAUGGUGUGAUAAAUCAUGGUAGCUAUAGAUAUUACGUGAGAGAAAGGAGAGGUGGAAGGCAGGUUGACGUUUAUUGUCAUGAAUCUUGCCCUGGAGGCAGAACUGUGCGAUUUCUGCUAGAUGGGCCAGCUGCAAGUCAAAAUUGGCUAUAUUGCAAAAAUUCAUAAAAACACAAAUUAGCUUCUUAGUCUUAAUUUAAGGUUAGGGUUAGGCAUUAGGGUUAGCAGUGUGGUUAGGGUUAGGUUUAAAAUCAUAUUUUAUGACUGUGGCUGUGCCAGCUAGUGACCAGUCUGUAGAGCUGCCUCCAGGGCAAGAUUCAUGACGAAAAACACUAACCUGGAGGUGGAGAGAAGACAAAAUGGAGAUUGAAGGUGAAAGAGAGAGAUAGAGAGAAAGAAAUUGCCUGGCAACAGAAAUGCUUGCUGCAGUGAUUUCCUCACAUGACAGUGUAUUUUGACUCUGCAGUACUUUAUUGUUGUGAUAUUUUGACCCUCAGCUCUUUGCUGUAAGCUGUAAAGUGUUGCCUCGUCCUCUGUGGCACUGAGCUUAGCAACCAUGAAAGAGCCAUCACAUCACAGACAGAUUUUAAUUGGGCUGUUCGAGCGAGCCGUCAGCAUCCCGCGACACACACACACACACAUGCACGCGCUCAUGCACACACACACACACACACACACACACACACACACACACACACAGUGAUGGGCGCAAAAUAAUGAAAUAUGACAGACAUCCUUCCUCAGUCUCCAACAACAUGACAUGUAUUAUAAUAAUGGCCCCUUUUUCUCCCCCAGUUCUGCCAGAGUGGGAUUCAGCUAUAAUAUAAUUGUGAUGUUUAGUAGAAUCAUCUGAAACGACUAUGUCCUGGAGAGUGGGAUGUUCACACAGAGAUGAUGCAGUAGUGUGUACAAUAGGAUGUGAAACGAUUGGAUUCCCAUUCGGCUUCCGUCGGCAUAUUAAAUGGUGGAUGAACUACUGUUUUCAUAAUGAAAUGAGUUGAUUCUCCACAGAGAUGCAUGGUAUGGGUACACCCCAUUAGACAAACCUUUAGAAGAUGUCUUGCUAGGGCCCACAGUACAUUGAGGGAAAAAAGUAUUUGAUCCCCUGCUGAUUUUGUACGUUUGCCCACUGACAAAGAAAUGAUCAGUCUAUAAUUUUAAUGGUAGGUUUAUUUGAACAGUGAGAGGCAGAAUAACAACAAAAAUAUCCAGAAAAACGCAUGUCAAAAAUGUUAUAAAUUGAUUUGCAUUUUAAUGAGGGAAAUAAGUAUUUGACCCCUCUGCAAAACAUGACUUAGUACUUGGUGGCAAAACCCUUGUUGGCAAUCACAGAGGUCAGACUUUUCUUGUAGUUGGCCACCAGGUUUGCACACAUCUCAGGAGGGAUUUUGUUCCACUCCUCUUUGCAGAUCUUCUCCAAGUCAUUAAGGUUUCAAGGCUGACGUUUAGCAACUCGAAACUUCAGCUCCCUCCAAAGAUUUUCUAUGGGAUUAAGGUCUGGAGACUGGCUAGGCCACUCCAGGACCUUAAUGUGCUUCUUCUUGAGCCACUCCUUUGUUGCCUUGGCCGUGUGUUUUGGGUCAUUGUCAUGCUGGAAUACCCAUCCACGACCCAUUUUCAAUGCCCUGGCUGAGGGAAGGAGGUUCUCACCCAAGAUUUGACGGUACAUGGCCCCGUCCAUCGUCCCUUUGAUGCGGUGAAGUUGUCCUGUCCCCUUAGCAGAAAAACACCCCCAAAGCAUAUUGUUUCCACCUCCAUGUUUGACGGUGGGGAUGGUGUUCUUGGGGUCAUAGGCAGCAUUCCUCCUCCUCCAAACACGGCGAGUUGAGUUGAUGCCAAAGAGCUCCAUUUUGGUCUCAUCUGACCACAACACUUUCACCCAGUUCUCCUCUGAAUCAUUCAGAUGUUCAUUGGCAAACUUCAGACGUUUCUUGAGCAGGGGGACCUUGCGGGCGCUGCAGGAUUUCAGUUCUUCGCGGCGUAGUGUGUUACCAAUUGUUUUCUUGGUGACUAUGGUCCCAGCUGCCUUGAGAUCAUUGACAAGAUCCUCCCGUGUAAUUCUGGGCUGAUUACUCACCGUUCUCAUGAUCAUUGCAACUCCACGAGGUGAGAUCUUGCAUGGAGCCCCAGGUCGAGGGAGAUUGACAGUUCUUUUGUAUUUCUUCCGUUUGGGAAUAAUCGCACCAACUGUUGUCACCUUCUCACCAAGCUGCUUGGCGAUGGUCUUGUAGCUCAUUCCAGCCUUGUGAAGGUCUACAAUCUUGUCCCUGACAUUCUUGGAGAGCUCUUUGGUCUUGGCCAUGGUGGAGAGUUUGGAAUCUAAUUUAUUGAUUGCUUCUGUGGACAGGUGUCUUUUAUACAGGUAACAAACUGAGAUUAGGAGCACUCCCUUUAAGAGUGUUCUCCUAAUCUCAGCUCGUUACCUGUAUAAAAGACACCUGGGAGCCAGAUAUCUUUCUGAUUGAGAGGGGGUCAAAUACUUAUUUCCCUCAUUAAAAUGCAAAUCAAUUUAUAACAUUUUUGACAUGCGUUUUUCUGGAUUUUUUUGUUGUUAUUCUGUCUCUCACUGUUCAAAUAAACCUACCAUUAAAAUUAUAGACUGAUCAUUUCUUUGUCAGUGGGCAAACGUACAAAAUCAGCAGGGGAUCAAAUACUUUUUUCCCUCAAUGUAUUUCUAUAACUAGUGCCCAGAGUUUUUCCUCUAAACUCAAGGACCUACACAUGAUUCCUCUUCUAGCUAAACUUCUUCUUUCUGUCACCCUUUCUCUCAUUCCCUCCCUCUCUCUCUCUCUCCAGAUCACCUGUCUCCAGGACUUCUUCGGCGAGGACGACGUGUUCAUUGCGUGCGGACCAGAGAAGUACCGCUACGCGCAGGAUGACUUCCUGUUGGAUAACAGUGGUAAGGCUUCCGUAGCCUUUGUGACUGGAAGGCCUGACUAACUCAAUCUAACAUCACCUGUAUGUUGUGAAACCUUGGUGUCUCUCUCUCUCUCGCUCUCUCAUAGAAAUGGAUGUAGAUUCCUGUUCUAGUGUCUAUAUUUCUAUGGUCUCUCUGAGUCCCGUCCCUUUCCUCCCUCUUUCCUUCCUAUUUCCUUCAUAGGGUGCGUGGGAAAUGCCAGGUCUCCCUCUGCAAAGAGGUCUUCUGACCUCAAUGGGACUUCCUAGUUAAAUAAAGGUCAUAGAAAUCGCACACUAUUCCAUAUGGAGCCUCCAUAGGGCUCUGGUGAAAAGCAGUGUACUAUAUCGGGAAUAGGGUGCCAGUUUGGACGCACCCCUCCUUUUUCUCUCUCAUAGUAUAGUGUAACUUCCCUAAAGAGAUGUCAAUGCCAAACCUCUUUCCCCUUUUCAUACUAGAAGUCAGGAUGAAGUGCGUCUGAAAGGUGUAACAUGAUAAUUAUCUGUCAACCAUACAAUAGUGAACGUUUAUUUUCUCCGUUGAAUGAGACUUAUAAUUGUUCUGAAAGUGGUUCCAGUGACUCGUGACACUUAAUCAUGACUCUAAUAUAAUGUAAUCAUCACUCAAUAUCUUAAUUCAUUCCUCUCGUCCAAGAGGAGGAGACUAUCGAUUAUGUGUGAGAUUAUCGGUCUGAACACACACAGAUUCCUGCCUUCUGUAGGGGAAAGUGGCUGCAGUCACAUUUUGUAUGGUGUAGUUGUAGUAGUACAUUCCAUUCCAGGGUGCUACAGUGAAUAUCAUUGUGUGUACAUACUACCCCAUGUUGAGAAGAAGACGUUCUUGAAAAUCACUUAAAAGAUGUCCGCAGCGAUAGCCCCUACUGCAGCAGGAUAUGGCCUCUUUAGGCCAUAGCUAACCCAUUGUUAUCUUAAGCAGGCCGAUGUCAGUACAACUCCUCUGCAGUCCCCUAUCCUCUGUGCUAGAUAAGGUGGAGACAGGACAAGAUGUACUGUAUAUAAUAUCCAAACCUCAUGGGGAAACCAACAGGCUAAUUCUAGACACCUCUCCAAACUAUUCCCAAGGUACAUCCUGUUUUCAUAACUUAGUCUUGCUCCUGUAACAUAACAUUUUAAAGCUGCAAUAUGUCACUUUUUGGGCGACCCGAUGAAAUUCAUAGGAAUGUGAGGUAUAGAUCUACACUAUACUUGCUUGUUUUGUCACAUAAACUGAAAAUAUAAUUUUAGCAACCAGGAAAUGGCAGAAGGAUUUCUGCAUAGUGCAUAUUUAACACACACACACACACACACACACACACACACACACACACACACACACACACACACACACACACACACACACACACACACACACAGGUGUAAACACUGUUUGUGUUUAGUUUCUUCAGCUGAAUCUGUUCUUCAGUUGUUUUAGCUCUUCCUUGUCCUACUUCCCCUGCCAUGCUCCAUUUGAAGAAUGAGGUCUUUCCCCAAAAGUGUUUGGUCUAGGUACCUCUUUACAGCUCUAAAGUCUUUCCACAGUGUCUUACAGGAGUCCCAAGGGGCUGUUGUACUGUCAGACUCAAUUGUCGAGAACAGUGUCAAAUCCAAACACGGUUUGGGGAACGAUAUAAAAAGUCAACACUGCAAGUAAACAACCUUGCAUGGUACAGUAGCUAGCAUAGUAGUAAACAGAAUGGCACAUGGGGUCUGCUCCAAUAACAGGCUUGGGUCACGCCCACUUUAUAGGGAAUAGGCAAUAGGGUAGGGAGUCAUUUCAGACGCACUCCUGGUCAUUAUUUGUCUCCAAUUGGCCACAGCUGGUUGGUACCUCCUCUGUGUUCAUGGUGUCAUAAUAGCAUCUAACACUGUAACACCCCCCGAUUAACACCAUCUGACAUGAACCCUGACAGUUUAACCACCAGUCUCAUUACAGUAACCAGUCAUAUGCUGCGCCUGAACGCAGCUCGCUCUGUCUGUUGUCAAAGCUGCUAAAACAGCUCUGUAUCACAGGCGGUUGGUGGCACCAUGAAUGGGGGAGGGGCGGGCUCGUGGUAACGGCUGGAGCGGUAUAUAGGUGGAAUGGCAUCAAAUACAUUAAACACAUGUUUUCCAUGUGUUUGAUACCAUUCCGUUGCGCCGUUCCAGCCAUUAUUAUGAGCCGUCCUCCCCUCAGCAGCCUCCAUUGCUUUGUGUGUCUGUGCAACACCACUAAAACAGUUGAACCACCAACCUCAUUACCCCGCCACCUGCUGCUCCUGCAUGCAGCCCUGUCAGUCUGUCUGUCUGUGCAUGCACCUCUGUGAAACGCUCCUAACGCAACAGCUUUGGGAGCAGCACAGCAGGCAGCAAACACGAUAGCGUAAUUACCACAGCUUGGGAAUUUUCCAUGGAUUUAUGGCGCGCACAGAGCCACAGACGACUGCACACGAGGUGUUUGUUUGGAAAAAGCAGACGCUUAACUGAGUGUUGUGGGAAGCUCUGUGUGAAUUAAACGUCCUUAACUUCUUGAACACUCCAUACUUAGGGCUUUCUCAAAGAGAGCCAAUGAUAUUAUGCUGCUCUACAGCGCUGCACAUAAUAUAACAUAAUAAGGACGUGAUUUUAGGCUGUUUCAUUUCAGUGCUCUGGCUUUGUGUUCUGUAGUGACACUUCUCCACAACUGAUUAGACCCAAUAUUAGGCUGUUAUUACAGCCUGAAAUCCUCACUGAAUAUCACUCCAUUUCACUACCGUAUCACCAUGUUCAGUUUGGAUUUCAGGCUAGUAUUAUUAUGCAUCCAUCUAUUCAUUCAUGCAUCUAUUCAUUCAUUCAUCCAUCUAUUCAUUCAUUCAUCCAUCUAUUCAUUCAUCCAUCUAUUUAUUCAUUCAUUCACUGAAGUGUUUCCUCUAUCAUUCUUUUCCCCCUCCACUCUUCCUCCUCCACUCUUCCUCCUCCUCCUCCACUCCUCUCCUCUGUGUUUGGCUAAAGUCCAAUACAACCCACAGUAUCCACAUCAUAACAUGGAUAUGUGGGUAUUGAGCAUGAAUGGGGCGGUGGAGGAUGGGACUGAACUGUGCAUGAGUGUGAUGUAAGUUCCUAGCUGGAGCUAAUUUAGACUAGUUUGACUGGAACACUUGGAACUGUAUUGAAUUGUGCUAGAUAGGAAAUGAGGUCGGUGUGUGUGUGAGUGGUUUUAACCCUGUGUGUGUUGUCUUCACAGAAUGCCGGGUGCUCAAGUCAUCAUACUCUGCCCGCUCGCCCACUCCAACGAGGGCUGCUGGGAGCAAGAGCCCUGGACUCUCACGCCGUAUCAAGUCCCCUGGCAUAGGUAUACACACACAAACACAGUUAGUGGGUGAUGGACUGAGUAACUGAUUUUCAUCUGCCAUUAACUACUGUUUUACAAAGUAAUCACGUCAAAAGGUUUCAGGAUUUCUUCAGCUGAAUCUGUUCUUCAGUUGUUUUAGCUCUUCCUUGUCCUACUUCCCCUGCCAUGCUCCAUUUGAAGAAUUAGGUCUUUCCCCAAAAGUGUUUGGUCUAGGUACCUCUUUACAGCUCUAAAGUCUUUCCACAGUGUCUUACAGGAGUCCCAAGGGGCCGUUGUACUGUCAGACUCAAUUGUCGAGAACAGUGUCAAAUCCAAACACGGUUUGGGGAACGAUAUAAAAAGUCAACACUGCAAGUAAACAACCUUGCAUGGUACAGUAGCUAGCAUAGUAGUAAACAGAAUCGCACAUGGGGUCUGCUCCAAUAACAGGCUUGGGUCACGUCCACUUUAUAGGGAAUAGGCAAUAGGGUAGGGAGUCAUUUCAGGUCAUUAUUUGUCUCCAAUUGGCCACAGCUGGUUGGUACCUCCUCUGUGUUCAUGGUGUCAUAAUAGCAUCUAACAAAAGGUUUCAGGAUUUUGGCAGGCUACAGGCCAUAUGGCCAAUUUACCGAACAUUUAUCUUAAGCUCAGUUAAAAAUUGAUUUUGGGGCUUUAAGUUGGACUUUGAAACCUCAAGUUGUAAAAAUAAACAAAACAUUCUAGGAAAGUCAGUACUGUAUUACACCAGAGUUUAGAAUAAUUAAUGUUUUACUAUUUUCUUCUCUCUCUCUUUUCCCUCUCGUCUCUUUUUCUUUCCCUCUCUUUCCCUCUCCCCUCUCUUUCCCCCCCCCCCCCUCCCCUCUCUUUCCCUCCCCCCCCCCCCUCUCUCUCUCUCUCUCUCUCUCUCUCUCUCUCUCUCUCUCUCUUUCUGCAGUAAGAAGACCAAUCCAUUACUCCACCAGUAGUCAGUCUCCUGUUAAAUCCCCAGGUAAGCCUGUUAACAUCCUGCACUGCCCACUCUGUUGGCCCAUAACACAUUAGCCUACCACAACAACAUUCAUUUUCAUCUAGCCAGCUAUCAUUACUAGGACCUUGAGUUUUCCCCUAAGGACGUAGCCUAACCAGGAAUAACUCCUGGCCCGAAUCAUCACCACAAUAUGUUAACAAUAAUCACUACAUUAGUCUUUCUCAGAGAGGGCACCAAUUAAAACCCUUUUGGAGUUCCUGACAGCUUCGAGUAGAAUGUCUCUGUCUUGGUCAGUGCACCCUUGGCCUAAGGUUGACCUCGUGGCUGAUGGGGCCCUGUGAGAGGUCCAGUUAGUCUCUCUCAGUACAGUACAGUAUAUUGUAAUGUCAGUCAGGCAGCUCCCCUCUGAUGCCUGCAUGGCCUCUAGCCUCCAGCCUCCUGCUGUGUAGGGAAGUGCCAUCAAUUAUUCUGAAAGAGCUCUGCUCCACUGUGGACCUCCCUGGCCUGCCAUUCUGACCUAAGACUAUUUAAAGAUCUCUGGAUAUCGCACUCUCUUUCUCACCGUCUCUUUCGCUGGCUCUUGCUCUUUCUCUUCUCUCUAUUUUUUUAUCUCUCUCUCCUCUCCCUCUCUCUCCUCUCUCUUCCUGGCCCAGCCCCAGAAACUCUCUCUCUACAGCAUGCAUCUAAUCUGAGCACAGACUGGUGCAGGGCCGGCUGAUACAAACCCAUGUACUAAAUUAGCCUCAGUGCUUUAGUCUUCAUCUGCUUUCACUGAGGCCUUCUAAUUUAAUUUAAUUCUCACAUCAGGAGACAUAAGAGUUGUCUGGCAUCGCAUUCCAUCUCUCAAGUAGGUACUGUACUGUAUUGGUGAUUCUGAUUGUUGUUAGCAGGUCCAGAUUGGUUAUCUCAGGGAAUGGGUACAGCAUGCCGCAGUGUGGCAGUGUACCUGCCAAGAACCUAGAGUGUGUGGCAGAUGAGGCCUUUCACAGAAACACACUGUACUAUUACCAAUACAGUCGACUUCUCCAAAGAAAGUCAAUGCCUGGCCCUGUUGUUUGAGGAGAGGACUGUCUGUGACACAGGGAGGUUCCUAGAGGUAGGCUGCUUGAGGUACCCUUGAACCUUCAGGGUCGUAGCUUCCGUGUAGCCUUAGCUGAAAACAGAUUAUCCAGGCAGCCUGAGGACGCACCUGGGGUGACCCUGCGUGUCUAUCUGUUGGAGCCAAACACAACCUGCUUCCUCCCACAGGGGUCCGGGCAGGAAGUUGGACACAGUCACACACAGUUCUAGACACGAAACGCCACACUACACCUGAAUGAAAAAUCUAGCACUCAGUCUUAAAGAAAGGUGAUGGACUUGAAUGCGACUGUUAGUACAGAUCUUUGUCAACUGAGUGAAAGUAAACCCAUUCAAAGUGAACUUUGUUGUGUCACAAAUAGUUUUCCUGCCCUGUCGUAUAUCACUUCCUGUGAUAGAGAGAGGCAUUUCCUUUAGCAGUAAAGAAAUUAAGAACAAUAAAAUACACAAUGUAAUAAGAGUAAUACACUUUUAAACAGCCACAUCUCUCCAGAGGAAAAAGGAAAAAGGACUUCCUCUCUCGUUUGCCCUUUCCCCACCUCAGCACUUCCUGUUGGGCCAGCCCUAGCCCUAUCAUUGUCUUACUAUGGCUUCCUCCCUCUCUCCUUCCCUCUUUUCUCUCUCCUCCCUCGCUCUCUCUCUCCUCUCCAGUCAAUGGAGUCCCCAGCAGUACGAUCUCCACCCCCAAGUCCACCAAAUCCAACAGCUCCUCCCCCACCAGCCCCCGCAGUAUACACAGCUUCAAGGUGAGUCACACACACACACCGUGUCACACACAAACCACCUGUAAUCUCCAGAUAGUGCUAUUGUUCUGUAUGUACCCAUAUGGGAAGAGUGAUUGUAUAUUUUGGCAUAUGCUAUAAAUAACCAUAUAGUAGCAAAUGAUUUAACCUCAAGUGCACUAGAUCAGGAAUAGUGGUUGGCCAGGUAACCAAAAUGCUUGAAUCUGUUGACAGUGGAGACAACAGCACAUCAACUUUCUCAAGAUCAUUAUUACCGUUUGGCAACAGUUACACCAUGUUUACUUGACAGGUCCAUGUCGUUUGAUAGAACUUAGUUACUCUGAAGACAUCACAAAAUAAUGUAUUGAAAAAAAAAGAUUGAUGAAGAUUGAGGAUGUAAUCCACCAAGUUCAAAGGUGUUUCACCACCUUGCUUCCUCCUUUAUGCACUGUACUAAAUAAUGCAUCCAUUCCUUCAGUCCAGGUACAAGAAAUAAGCCUUAUGGUCCAUGUACUUCUAGCAGUGUUGAAAGAGUUGAAAGAUCUUCUCUUCCAUAAUAGAAAAGAUUACUUGGAUGACUUGGCGGAAUCUGUUGCAUGUGAAAGCCAAGAAUGCUUGAAAAAGCAGUCUUAUAAUAACCCAUUCAAACAGCCAUCACAGCUGUCUCUUUUGGAAAAAGCCUCUCGUCAAAUUAUUCAUUAUUUUCAACAUUAUUCAUCAUUUCAAUCCAUUAAAGUUUGUGUUUCCUCUGUCUCUGCCUGAUAAGUGACUCAGUAGGGGAGGCCUAUCCAUUAUGAUAGUACUUAACACCCUGUACUUUUCACUUAUUUUACUGUUCACUUAUUUUACGCCAAAUGCAUCAUUAACACCGUGAUAUAAAUAGCUGCUCACUUUUGUGUUUGGGUAGGCACAUAACAUCCACAGAAGGGAGAACUUUUAGAGCAAUUCAGAAGAGACGUGUUUUUAUAGAAUCGGCUUCUAUCUUUCCAUUGAGCUACCUAUCUAAUAAUGAAUUAUAAAGUCUAAUAUCAAACAUUUUCUUACCAAACUAUACUGAACAAAAAUAUAAAUGCAACAUGCAACAAUUUCAAAGAUUUGACUGAGUUACAGUUCACAUAAGGAAAUCAGUCAAUUUAAAUUAAUUAAUUAGGCCCGCACAAGUACAGUGAAAUGCUUAACUUGCAAGCCCUUCCCAACAGUGCAGUAUUCAAUAUCAAAAUAGUAUAACAAAAAACCACAAGAUAUAAGAGGGGUAAAAAAAACAAACAGGGCCAGUACCAAACUACACCAUUUUGAAGCGAGGGUGUUUUUGUAUUAGUUUCCUGUCAGAACUCUGAAGCACUAUAAUACACUAAGGGGAUCCAUGAGCUAGUUAUCCUGUCACACUCUGUCAUGGCAUUAUAUUGGAUUUCAAAUGCAUGCUACUUAAAGCAAAACCAUUAGUCAAUGUCCCUAGAUCCCACGGCGUAGUUCUGGAUCGAUGCUAUGAAGCGGACGUAUCGUGUGGUAGUACUCUAGAGAUGUAAUUGGCUAAUUCGAUUGCCCUGCUAGUAUUGAUGUCAAAACAAACCAUUGGACCUACCAAUUGUGCCUAGCUAAGCUUGACCUCUAAUCCAUUGUGUGUACCAUAUUUGAUACUUAUAGUUGCCAUGAUGAUGCAUGUGUCCAGGUUUUGACUUGAGGGGUGGCUGAAAAGGGGAGGAUGCUGACCUCUGUUUUUCUCUCUCCUUCCCUCCUCUCUUCAUCUCUUACUUUCUUUCUCUCCUCGUUUCCAGAUUCCGCCACAUCACAUGUCUGCCACCAAUGUGAACGGGUCUUCACACAGUCUGGAGAAGGCCAAUAACAUGAGUCCUGAGGGUAGGUGUCCCCUUCUCUUCUCUUAAAUUCUCUUCAUUUCCUUUCUCCUCUCUCCUCCUCCUCCUUGCCUUGCCUCGCCACUCCUGUCCACAUCCCCCCCUUCUCCUCUCCACCCUCCCUUACCCUCUCCUCUCCUCUCCUCUCUUCUCUUCUCUUCUCUUCUCUUCUCUUCUCUUCUCUUCUUCUCUUCCUCUCCUCUUCUUUUCUCUCUCUUCUGUUCUCUCUUCUCUCUCUUCUCUUUCCUUCUCUUCUCUUCUCUUCUCUUCUCUUCUCUCCUCUCUUCUCUUCGCCUCUCUCUUCUCUUCUCUCGGCUCUUCUCUUCGCUCUUCAGUCUCUUCUCUUCUCUUCUCUUCUCUUCCUUCUCUUCUCUUCUCUUCUCUUCUCUCUCUUCUCUUCUCCUCUCCCUCUCCUCCCUUCCCUCUCUUUUCUUCUCCUCCCAUCCUCCUCUCCUCUCCGCUCCUCUCCUUCUCCUCUCGCUCUCCUCUCCUCUCCUCUCAUCCCUCCCUCUCCUCCUCUCUCUCCUCAGCGUCCUCCUCUCCUCCUCCUCUCCUCUUCCUCUCCCUCUUCUUCUUCUCAUCUCCUCUCCCUCCUCCCCUCCUUCCUCUCCUCUCCUCCCCUUCUCCUCUCUUCCUUCCCUUUCCCUUCCCGUCCUUCCCUGCCCUUCCCUUCCCUCCCUUCCCUUCCUUCCCUUCCCUCCUUCCCCUUCCCUUCCCUUUCCCUUCCCUUCCCUUCCCUUCCCUCCCUUCCCUUCCCUUCCUUCCUCUUCCCUUCCCUUCCUUCCUUCCCUCCUUCCCUUGCUCCUCCUCCCUCUCCUCUCCUCUCCUCUCCUCUCCCUCCUCUCCUCUCUCUCCUCUCCUCUCUCCCCCCACCUCCCUCCUAUCCUCUCCUCUCCUCUCCCUCUCCUCAUCCUCUCCUCUCCUCUCCUCUCCUCUCCUCUCCUCUCCUCCCUUCUUCUGUUGCUCUCUUCUCUUUACCCUGUGUCAUACUGUCUCCGUGCCAACUCUCACAGCUCCUGCCUGCACUCACUCACCCCUAAACACGUGGCCCUAACGUUCCCUCAACUUUCUCAAAACACUUCACCAACGCAUCCCCAAUCCCCCUAGGGCGUCAAUGUAGGUUCACAGUGUUAUAUUAGAAUUGCUUACUCAGCGACACAAGCCGCAGCACUCACAAUAGAGGGACGGAAGUGUGAUGCGGACGAGUGAGAAAAGGACGAGUGAGAAAAGCUGUGUGCUGUUGCAUGAGACAGCCAGGCUGUAACAAAACUAAACGUCCUUGGGCUGUGUGUCUGCAUAAUAUUACUGGUCCCUCUUUAGGAGUGGCCAGAGACUAGAUCUAGGCUAGUAGCUAGGCAGCCUGGGAUAAUGGACAAUUCAUGAGUUUAUACUUUGAUUAGACUAAAACGUAUUGAUCCUGUAUUUCAACAGCUUUGUCUUAACAUAAAUUGUGGAAAGGUUUGUUUUAUAAAUCCAACAAGAUCAUAUUCAUUUCACUGCAAUGCAAGUUUUACCAGAGUAAGUACUUGUAGGUAUUGUGCGUCAUUCUACACUGAGUGUACAAAACAUUAAGGACACCUGCUCUUUCCAUGACAUAGACUGACCAGGUGAAUCCAGGUGAAAGCUAUGAUCCCUUAUUGAUGUCACUUGUUAAAUCCACUUCAAAUCAGUGUAGAUGAAGGGGAAGAGACAUGUUAAAUAAGGAUUUUUAAGCCUUGGGACAAUUGAGACAUGGAUUGUGUAUGUGUGCCAUUCAGAGGGUGAAUGGGCAAGACAAAAUAUUUAAGUGCCUUUGAACGGGGUAUGGUAGUAGGUGCCAGGCGCACGGGUUUGUGUCAAGAACUGCAACGCUGCUGCGUUUUUCACACUCAACAGUUUCCCGUGUGUAUCAAGAAUGGUCCACCACCCAAAAGACAUCCAGCCAACUUGACACAACUGUUGGAAGCAUUGGAGUCAACAUGGGCUAGCAUCCCUGUGGAACGCUUCCUUCACCUUGUAGAGUCGUUGACCUGACGAAUUGAGUCUGUUCUGAGGGCAAAGGGGGGGGGGGUGCAACUCAAUAUUAGGAAGGUGUUCUUAAUGUUUUGUACACUCAGUGUAUAUAUGAGGGCCACUGGCAGUAACUGAAAGAGCAUUCUGAUGUGCGCUGUUGUAACAUGUCUCUCCUCAUCAGUUAACGGCAACAGCUGUAGCUCUACCACAACCAUCCUGGAAAAAUACAAGGUCGGCAAGGUCAUAGGAGACGGAAACUUUGCAGUGGUGAAAGACUGUGUGGAACGGUAUGUAAUUAAGAAUUCAAUUACAUUUCUUUUACGUCUCAUUGAUGGAUUUAAAACCUUGUUUUAAUUUUUACUUGUCCUCGCUUGACCGUAAAAUAAGUUUCAUAGCAUACCAAUUUGUACUUUCAUAUUUGUAAGGAAUGUUCACUAGGCUGUAAAAGACCUUUAAAAAGCCCGAUUUAUAAAUUACCACGUUGAUAAGUAUCUUUCAAUGUGGCUUAAUAAGCGCUACGUCACAUGUCAUAACUGCUCCGUUCAGGCUUCUAAGGCUUAAUGACAGCAGGCAUUUAUAGCAUUUAGCCCUGUGUAGCUCAGUUGAUAGAGCAUGGCGCUUGCAACGUCAGGGUUGUGGGUUUGAUUCCCACGGGGGGCCCAGUAUGAAAGAUGUAUGCACUCACUAACUGUAAGUCGCUCUGGAUAAGAGCGUCUGCUAAAUGACUAAAAUGUAAAUGUAAAUUUAGCUAUGCAAUUUACUGUCAGAGAAGUCUCUGUGUGCGUGCGUGCAUGCGUGGGGUUCAGCCCAUUAAAUCCACUUCAUUAGCGUUUCCCUUCUGACUCAGCAGUUUGUCUGUAAUGUACAGAGAGAAGACUCCUCCCUCUAAUCAGAAGGCUAGACGCUCCAAUACACUGUCACGCACUGUCUGAUGUUUCAGCAUAUGAUGAGGCUGCAACACUGAUCAGUCUACUGUUGGAUAUAACUUAUAAUCGUAGUUCAGUUGAUGAAACAAGGCUGGCUAAUCUAUUAAAAGUGACUUUCAAACUAUUGGUUUCAAACAGAUGGUUGCAUGUGUUUUGGGUUGGUUUGAAGGAUUUACAGUAAAUACAAUAUACCAUGAUUUGAAGGACAGGUGUUGCUGUAUGUCUUUAUAGGUCCACUGGGAAGGAGUAUGCACUGAAGAUCAUUGACAAGGCCAAGUGCAGUGGAAAGGUGAGAGAGAGAGAGAGAGAGAGAAGAGAGAGAGAGAGAGAGAGAGAGAGAGAGAGAGAGAUAGCGAUCGAGACGCGAGAUAGAGCGCUCUAGAUGGAGAGAGUCUCGCUUCUCCAUCGCUCUCUCUGCUCUCUCUCUCUCUCCUCUCUCGCUCUCUCUCUCUCAUGCUUCUCUCUCUCGCUUCUCGCUCUCUCUCUAGCGUCUCUCUCUGACUGACGCUCUACGCAUCGUCUCUUUCAUUUUGACUCGUGUUUGACCCAAUAGCAGCUCAGCAACCCAGGUUUUAAUGUGGUGAAUGAAUGUAAGUGUUGCAGAGAGACUGUUCAUUCAGACAGUGUUGCUGACAGAGUACCAUGUAUCAACAGAGAGACUGUUCACUCAGACAAGAGGACACUCCAAAUAAAUGACAAUUGAUUGUUCUGGAUUCAUGAGGAGCCUGGUCUCUUAACUAUCUCUAUUGAAGGUUUAGCCUCUCAGCUCUAGGUGCUGCAUAUCAUGUAUCUGUCAGAGCAGCUGACAUUAGAGAAUACAUGAAUAAAACAUGAUACAUAUAUAAUCUGAUUCCAUGAGAUUAACAGGAUCAAAAAACAAUACAAUGAACUACUUCAUGUCUGUCUGCCUGGGGGGUUAAUAAUGCAGGGUGGAAUACCUAACCACUGUGUGUGUGUGUGUGUGUGUGUGUGUUUGUUUUCCAGGAGCACCUGAUAGAGAAUGAGGUGGCAGUGCUGAGGAGAGUCAAACACCCCAACAUUAUCCAGCUGAUAGACGAGGUGGACACACCCACUGAACUCUACCUGGUUAUGGAGCUGGUCAAGGUACGGUUCAACCACUACUGACCACUACACUAUCUAGUCAACCACUACUGACCACUACACUAUCUAGUCAACCACUACACUAUCUAGUCAACCACUACUGACCACUACACUAUCUAGUCAACCACUACUGACCACACACUACCACACUAUCUAGUCAACCACUACUGACCACUACACUAUCUAGUCAACCACUACUGACCACUACACUAUCUAGUCAACCACUACUGACCACUACACUAUCUAGUCAACCACUACUGACCACUACACUAUCUAGUCAACCACUACUGACCACUACACUAUCUAGUCAACCACUACUGACCACUACACUAUCUAGUCAACCACUACUGACCACUACACUAUCUAGUCAACCACUACUGACCACUACAGUAUCUAGUCAACCACUACUGACCACUACAGUAUCUAGUCAACCACUACUGACCACUACAGUAUCUAGUCACCACUACUGACCACUACACUAUCUAUCAACCACUACUGACCACUACCUAUCUAGUCACCACUACUGACCACUACACUAUCUAGUCAACCACUACUGACCACUACACUAUCUAGUCAACCACUACUGACCACUACACUAUCUAGUCAACCACUACUGACCACUACACUAUCUAGUCAACCACUACUGACCACUACACUAUCUAGUCAACCACCACUACUGACUAACUACACUAUCUAUGUCAACCACUACUGACCACUACAGUAUCUAGUCAACCACUACUGAACCACUACUGACCCUACAGUAUCUAUCAAUCACGACUGACACUACACGUUCUAGUCAACCAACUACUGACCACUACUUCAUCUAGUCAACCACGACUGACCACUACAGUAUCUAGUCAACCACUACUGGACACUACCUAUCCUAGUCACCCACUCUACUGACCACUACAGUAUCCUAGUCAACCACUACUGACCACUACAGUCUCUAAGUCAACCACUACUGACCACUACACUAUCUCGUCAACCACUUACUGACCACUACACUAUCAGUCAAACACUAAAACUGACACGACACUAUCUAGUCAACACCACUACGACCACUACAGUAUCUAGUCAACACUACUGACUACUACGUAAUAUAGUCAAACACUACUGACACUACACUUAUCUAGUCAAACCUACGACCACUACACUAUCUAGUCAACCACUACGGACACUACAACUAUCUACACUAGCUAGGCAACCACUACUGACCACUACAGUAUCUAGUCAACCACUACUGACCACUACACUAUCUAGUCAACCACUACUGACCACUACAGUAUCUAGUCAACCACUACUGACCACUACAGUAUCUAGUCAACCACUACUGACCACUACACUAUCUAGUCAACCACUACUGACCACUACAGUAUCUAGUCAACCACUACUGACCACUACAGUAUAUAGUCAACCACUACUGACCACUACGCCCUACACAGUAUUAGUCAACCACAGCUGACCCACAACAGCAGUAAUUUGCACUUCAUCAGUGCAUGCAACAUUAAUAUUUUAGGUACCUAAUCAAAUACUUAAUUCAAUAUUAAUGUGUCUAAUGUGUCCAUUUCCUGCAGGGUGGCGACCUGUUUGAUGCCAUCACAUCCUCCACUAAGUACACAGAGAGAGAUGCCAGUGUUAUGGUGUAUAACCUGGCUGGAGCCCUGAAGUACCUCCACAACAUGAACAUAGUACACAGAGACAUCAAGCCUGAGAACCUGCUGGUGAGUAGUGAGGGACCACACUGAAGACUGGGGUAGCCAGCUACACUGUACCCUGUAAGAUCACAUAUUGUUGGAUUGACAUACAGUAGUUGCCUAGCUACAAUGUAUCAGAAAUGUUGUGACAGUUCCACCAGUGGCCUAGACAUAGACAUGAGAUUUGAGAUAUGCAUAUGAAAUGCUCAAUGAAUUGCAAAUGAAAUGCACAAUGCCUUUAAAUUGAGGUGACAUGAGUUGGUAACUAUGUUUUGUGUGUCUGUCCCUUAGGUGUGUGAAUACCUUGACGGCACUAAGUCUCUGAAGCUGGGGGACUUUGGUCUGGCCACCGUGGUUGAGGGGCCCCUGCACACCGUGUGUGGAACCCCCACCUACGUGGCCCCUGAGAUCAUCGCUGAGGCUGGGUGAGUUACUGCCGACUCAAGGAACCUGCACCUGUAUCGAUAGCAUUAAACAUUCUAGUGACUAGCGCCGCUGAAGGGGAAACCCACACUGAUGUUAACCCAACACGUUCAUAUUUCAUAUUCUUCUCUUCUCUCUCUAAUCUCUCUCCCCUUCUGUUAGGCCUUCUUUUGGCCCUCAUCAUCCUCUCCUUUAUCAUCUCUCUGUUCGUCAGCAACAUCCCCCUACGUGCCUCUUUUCUCAUAACGCUCUGGUAUGGACUGUCUCACGGUAACUCAGCUGUAUCGUGCAUUAACUUCUAUGACUAAGCCCGAGUGUCGAAGCUUGAACCCACUACUGAUGUCACUACAUCAGUCUCUCCUUCUGUCUAUGUCUCUCUUCCUCUAUCUCUUCUCCUCUCUCUUCGGUAUCUUUUCUUCAUGAUCUAUAGAUCGCGGGUGCUGGCAUACUUCUAUCGGGCCCACACACUCUCUCUCUUGCUUCUGAAACUACUCUACAAAUAUCCAUGUAAUCUAGUCAUCUCCUCUGCACUCUCUCUCGUCUCUCUCUCUCUCUCUCUUCUCUCUCUCUCCUCUCUCUCUCGCUCUCUGCUCUCUGUCUCUUUCUCUCUCUCCCCACAGUUAUGGUCUGAAAGUGGAUAUCUGGGCAACUGGGGUCAUCACCUACAUCCUGCUGUGUGGCUUCCCUCCCUUCCGCAGGUACACUACACAACAACAUGUUAUUUAACCUCCAGAACACCUACAUGGAUAUAGUCUCAGGUACAUUACACAACAACAUGGCUGCUCCUUGAUGUGGUUAGCGUUCAUUACACAGUCACCACGCUUAAUGUUAACAUGGUAAUCUCAGAAAUUCUACGGUUGGCUACCUGCUUCAUAUCUGAUUCACACAGUUGAACCUCUACUAGUCUGUCUAGGAUGUACUUUAACCUACAGAAAACAGGGAUUUAAUCCUUACUGUUGGGAAAACUCUUAGAAAUGUCUAAUUGGUCUCGUGAAUGCCCUGUAAGUGUUCCCAUAGGCAGUCCUUAUGCUGAAAAUAAAGUGUUGAGUGGGCUAGCCUAGCACAUCUGUUCGGCUUCCUUAGUGGUAAACCCAGGCGUCUGGCCCUUAGUGUAAACCCAGGCGUCUGGCCCUUAGUGUAAACCCAGGCGUCUGGCCCUUAGUGUAAACCCAGGCGUCUGGCCCUUAGUGUAAACCCAGGCGUCUGGCCCUUAGUGUAAAACCCAGGCGUCUGGCCCUUAGUGUAAACCCCAGGCGUCUGGGCCCUUAGUGUAAACCCCAGGCGUCUGGCCCUUAGUGUAAACCCAGGCAUCUGGCCCUUAUUGUAAACCCAGGGGUCUGGCCCUUAGUGUAAACCCAGGCGUCUGGCCCUUAGUGUAAACCCAGGCGUCUGGCCCUUAGUGUAAACCCAGGCGUCUGGCCCUUAGUGUAAACCCAGGCGUCUGGCCCUUAGUGUAAACCCAGGCGUCUGGCCCUUAGUGUAAACCCAGGCGUCUGGCCCUUAGUGUAAACCCAGGCGUCUGGCCCUUAGUGUAAACCCAGGCGUCUGGCCCUCGCACAUUCAUUCUGCUAUUUAAAUACAGGCGACGUGAAUUUACAUGAGUUGAUUUGAUGUUUUUUUUAUACCUGCGGUUUAGCAUAAGCGUGAUCUCGCAUAGAUUAACAGCGUGGCAUAGACAUAAACAAGGUCUCUGGAUAGUAGUGUCAUCGCAGUGAGGAUUGUCUGCCAGAAUAGAGCUGAGGAGAGAUUUAUUAUGUCUCAUAGUCAGUCAUCCUAUCCACCCCCUACUGUACCUCUUCUGUGGGUACUCUUGUUAUGUUCUGGUGUGUCCUUGAAUUGAAUCCUGGUGCUAAAUUGGAAAAUGCAUGCAGCCAGUUAGUGAGGGGAUAGAUAGGACAAUGGUGUCGGAGUUAUUCUGAGGCUGUGUGUCUAUGAAUGUGACGUGAAUAUAAUGAGGACAUUUGUGAUGUAAAAAUAUGGGAUGUAGUAGUGUGUGUGUGUGUGUAUACACUACAGUAUGUGUGGGUGUAUGCUGAAAUAUCCAUCUGUUCACGGCAUAGUAUGUCUCUCUCUACAGUGAGGACAACCUUCAAGAGGACCUGUUUGACCAGAUCCUGGUGGGACGACUGGACUUCCCUGCUCCCUACUGGGACAACGUCACUGACUCAGCCAAGGUAACCACCACACACACACACACACACACGCUCACACACACACACACACACACACACACACACACACACACACACACACACACACACACACACACACACACACACACACACACACACACACACACACACACACACACACACACACACACACACACACACACACACACUCACUCACUCACUCAUACACACUCACACACACACACACAUACACACACACACAAACACCACCCCUGUUGCGUCAGCCCCCGUUUCAUUUGGGUGACAGUAAUGAGGGGUAAAAGGGGGUGGGAGGGUCCCGUUGAGAUCUCCCGAAAUGGAAGAGAGGAGAGAGGGACUGAAGAAAGAGAGGGAUGGUUUGGAAAGAGAGAGGGAUGCUCUAUACAAGAGAGAGGAGAGAGGGAAAAAGAGAGGGUUAGUUUAGAAGGAGCGAAAGAGGGGAUGCAAACACCAUCUCUUCUUCCACUCUCACGUCUUUAGGCUGCCUUCUUUCAUUACUCCUCUUUUCUGUUCUCUCUCUCUCUCUCUCUCUCUGCCUCUCUCUAUCUCACUGCCGCUCUCUCUCUCUCUGUGCCGCUCUCUAUCUCACUGCCUCUCUCUCUCUCUAUGCCUCUCUCUCUCUCUGCUCUUCUCUCUCUCUCUCUGCCUCUCUCUCUCUCUGCUCUCUCUCUCUCUCUCUCUGCCUCUCUCUCUCUAUCUCUCUGCCUCUCUCUAUCUCACUGCCUCUCUCUCUGCCGCUUCUCUCUCUCUCUCUGCCGCUCUCUCUCUCUGCCUCUCUCUCUCUCUCUGCCUCUCUCACUGCCUCUCUCUUUCUCUCUGCCGCUCUCUCUCUCUCUGCCUCUCUCUCUCAAUUCAAUUCAAUUCAAUUUGCUUUAUUAGCAUGACGUAACAAUGUACAUAUUGCCAAAGCUUACUUUGGAGAUUUACAAUAUUAACAUAAUUAAAAUAAUAAUAAUUAAUAUUGUCAACUGGACAACAGUAGAACAAUAAUCAAGGGUCAAAAUAACCAUACAUUGAACAAUAACAAUAACAAUAAGCAUAGAGGACGUAUGCCCACAGGUAGCCUAUUCUCAUCAGAGGGGUCUUUGAAACAUUGAAUAAGGGUCUCAAAUUUGGGGAAAUGACACUCUCUAAUUGUUUUAUAUUUUUGACAUUUUUUAAAGAAAUGCAGCUCUGUCUCAGGUUCUGCUGUGGUGCAGUGGUUGCACAGCCUUUCCUCUACAGGGAGCCAGGUUUUCCUGUGUCUACCCUUCUCAAUGGAAAGGCUGUGCUCACUGAGCCUGUACUUUGUCAAGGUUUUGAUCAGUAACCAUGGUCAAAUAGUUUGCCACGGUGUACUGUCGAUUUAGGGCCAGAUAGCACUGCAUUUUACUUUGUGCUUGUGUUUCCCAAUAAGUAAUGUAGUUUUGUUUUGACUGUGUUGUAAUUUGGUUUAUUCUGAUUGAUUGGAUGUUCUGGUCCUGAGGCUUCAGUGUGUUAGUAGAACAGGUUUGUGAACUCUGCUGGAUGAGGGGACUCAUUUCUUUGCUCAGCUCUUGGCAUUGCAGGCCUUGGUAAUGAUAUGAGAGGGGGUCACUGUAUUUUAGAUGUUUCCAAAACUUAAUUGCUAUUUUUUGAGUUUUUUAUUAGUGGAUAUUGUCCUAAUUCUGCCCUGCAUGCAUUGUUUGUAGGAUAAUCUUAGAGAACUCUGCAUGCAGGGUUUCAAUUGAGUGUUUGUCCCAUUGGGUGAAAUCUUGUUUUGCAAGUGGACCCCACACCUCGCUGCCAUAAAGUGCAAUUGGUUCAAUGACACAUUCAAUUAGUUUUAGCCAAAUUUUAAUAGGUAUUUCAAUUAGUACUUUCUCUCUCAGUUCAUUCACUGCCUCAUUAAGGUGUCCAGUUGAGCUUAUUUUUAAACCUAAGUAAUUAUAGUGUGUGCAGUACUCUAUAUAUGUUGUACCAAUUGAGAACAUUGGUCUAAUUCCCUGAGAUCUAGAUCUUCUCUGGAAAAUCAUUUUUUUGUAUUUUUGGGGUUUACUGCCAGGGCCCAGGUCUGGCAGUACUGCUCUAGCAGGUCCAGGUUCUGCUGUAGGCCAUGUGCUGUGGGGGGUGACAGCAGGCACAGGUCAUCAUGUUUACAUUGCCAAAGCAAGUGAAAUAGAUAAUAAACAAUACAAAAAUGUAAGAAUAAAGACAUUUCAAAUGUCAUAUUAUGUGCAAAUAGUUAAAGUACAAAAGGGAAAAUAAAUAAACAUAAAUAUGGGUUGUAUUUACAAUGGUGUUUGUUCUUCACUGGUUGUCUGUUUCUUGUGGCAACAGGUCACAAAUCUUUCUGUUGUGAUGGCACACUGUGGUAUUUCACCCAAUACAUAUGGGAGUUUAUCAAAAUUGGGUUUGUUUUCGAAUUCUUUGUGGGUCUUUGUAAUCUGAGGGAACUCUCUCUCGCUCUGCCUCUCUGCCUUUUAUUGCUCUGCCUCUUUCUCUCUCUGUCUCUGCCUCCAUCUUUCUGUCUGCCUCUCUCUCUCUCUGUCUCUGCCUCCAUCUUUUUUCUCUCUCUCUCUCUUCUCUCUCUCUCUCUCUCUCUCUCUCUCUCUCUCUCUCUCUCUCUCUCUCUCUCUCUCUCUCUCUCUCUCCCUUUUAAUGACUAGUGAGUGGUGAAGGGCAUGGUGCUCCCUACUCCCUCCUCUCACCCACUAAAUUACCACCAUGUGUUACACUGACAGCAGCUAUUUCAGAGCAAGGCUGAACCACUAACUAAAUCCUCUGCUGCAGUGGCACCUCGACUUAACAAAGAGAGGCCUACGUCUAGAGAUCUCAACAGUCUAUUUUUUUUAUACCUCUGCCUGUAAUAUUGCAGAUUUUAAAUGUACAGUGCCUUGCAAAAGUAUCCAUCCCCCUUGGUGUUUUUCCUAUUUUGUUGCAUUACAAACUGUAAUUUAAAUUGAUUUUUAUUUGGAUUUCAUGUAAUGGACAUACAUAAAAUAGUCAAAAUUGGUGAAGUGAAAUGAAAAAAAUAACUUGUUUCAAAAAAUAAAUACAAAUAAAUAACAGAAAAGUGGUGCAUGCAUAUGUAUUCACCCCCUUUGCUGAAGCCCCUAAAUAAGAUCUGGUGCAACCAAUUACCUUCAGAAAUCACAUAAUUAGUUAAAUAAAGUCCACCUGUGUGCAAUCUAAGUGUCACAUGAUCUGUCACAUGAUCUCAGUAUAUAAACACCUGUUCUGAAAGGCCCCAGAGUCUACAACACCACUAAGCAAGGGGCACCACCAAGCAAGCGGCACCAUGAAGACCAAGGAGCUCUCCAAACAGGUCAGGGACAAAGUUGUGGAGAAACACAGAUCAGGGUUUGGUUAUAAAAAAAUAUCCGAAACAUUGAACAUCCCACAGAGCACCAUUAAAUCCAUUAUUAAAAAAUGGAAAGAAUAUGGCACCACAACAAACCUGCCAAGAGAGGACCGCCCACCAAAACUCACGGACCAGGCAAGGAGGGCAUUAAUCAGAGAGGCAACAAAGAGACCAAAGAUAACUCUGAAGGAGCUGCAAAGCUCCACAGCGGAGGUUGGAGUAUCUGUCCAUAGGACCACUUUAAGCCGUACACUCCACAGAGCUGGGCUUUACGGAAGAGUGGCCAGGAAAAAGCCAUUGCUUAAAGAAAAAAAUAAGCAAACACGUUUGGUGUUCGCCAAAAGGCAUGUGGGAGACUCCCCAAACAUAUGGAAGAAGGUACUCUGGUCAGAUGAGACUAAAAUUGAGCUUUUUGGCCAUCAAGGAAAACGCUAUGUCUGGCGCAAACCCAACACCUCUCAUCACCCCGAGAACACCAUGGUGGCAGCAUCAUGCUGUGGGGAUGUUUUUCAUCGGCCGGUACUGGGAAACAGGUCAGAAUUGACGGAAUGAUGGAUGGUGCUAAAUACAGGGAAAUUCUUGAGGGAAACCUGUUUCAGUCUUCCAUAGAUUUGAGACUGGGACGGAGGUUCACCUUUCAGCAGGAAAAUGACCCUAAGCAUACUGCUAAAGCAACACACUAGUGGUUUAAGGGGAAACAUUUAAAUGUCUUGGAAUGGCCUAGUCAAAGCCCAGACCUCAAUCCAAUUGAGAAUCUGUGGUAUGACUUAAAGAUUGCUGUACACCAGCGGAACCCAUCCAUCUUGAAGGAGCUGGAGCAGUUUUGCCUUGAAGAAUGGGCAGAAAUCCCAGUGGCUAGAUGUGCCAAGCUUAUAGAGACAUACCCCAAGAGACUUGCAGCUGUAAAUGCUGCAAAAGGUGGCUAUACAACGUAUUGACUUUGGGGAGUGAAUAGUUAUGCACGCUCAAGUUGAUCAAAUGAUACAAACCCCCAAAAAAUUCAUUUUAAUUCCAGGUUGUAAGGCAACAAAAUAGGAAAAAUGCCAAGGGGGGUGAAUACUUCCGCAAGCCACUGUAGAUUACUUUUUUACAGGACAGUACAUGUUUUCUUCAUUAGUUACCGGAAUAGAAGAAAAUGGACUGACUCAUUUUCGUUUUCCGUUACAAAAUAUUUUGGUACGUUUUGUUAUGGUAAGCCCUAAUGAAUACAACCCUGGUUGGAGGCACAGUGAACGUAGCCAAACAGUGCUUCUGUGACACUUCUACAAUGUUCUCACUGUCAACAUGUCAAGUUAAGGUUGCGAUGACAUGACUUGAGAGAGAGACUGGACUCUGAAGAAGUCACCACUGAUGAUGUCACCAUGACCUGAUGUGUUUUCUAGGAGCUGAUUGGGCGGAUGCUGCAGGUGAACGUGGAGGCUCGCUACACGGCACAGGACAUCCUCUCUCACCCCUGGGUCACGGUAACUUGUCUUGUGGACUUUUGUGGUGUGUGUGAUGUGUGUGUGUGUGUGUGUGUGUGUGUGUGACACCAUAAAGGAGAAUAUGUGUGUGUCUCUGCAGGAUGACAACAUGGAGAACAACAUGAAGAUGGAGGUGUCAGGUAAACUGAGGACACACUUCAACACAGCGCCAAAGCACAGCACAACCACAGCAGGAGUGGCAGUCAUCAUGGUGAGAACACGACGACAACAUUCACUAUCACAACCCAUCAUUCUCCUCUCUAUGGAGACUAGUUUCUGGUCACGUUUCCCUUACACACAUUGUUUAUCUCCAUAUACUUUCCCUCAUCUGCACUCUCUGUAUUCCAACAUCUGUCGUACAUAGACACCCCAGAGUCCUCGUCUGUAGAUGCUUGAUAUUUUCAGAAUUGUGAAACCAUGGCCAGAUUUUCUUGCCACCAGUCGUAUUCUGAAGGAACCAAAAACAAAACAUCAGCUUAUAUUUUAAGAUUGAUCAAAAACAAAAAUGAGCUGUAACAAAUGUUAGUCAGUUCAGCACUACACCUACUCACUUUCAAACCAAGAAUAACCAUUUUCACAUAUAGUACUAUUAAUCAGUUAGUUACAUAAGAGUUUGAUCCAAAAGAACAUGAGAGAUUAUCUGACAGGAAAGAUAAGAAAUGGACAACUUCUGUUCAUGUAAUCAUAUCACUGAGGGUUUUAAGAGCGCAGAAUUUAUUCAAAAUGCUUUCCCCUGGGAUUACACAUGGAUAAAUCCUGAUUCAUCAUCUUAUCUCUAAAACACUUUUUCGUCCUUGUAGUAGAAAUGUAGUGUUUUAGCAUUGACGCAAUGUUCUCAGUGACUCCAGAGUACAUUGGUCUAAAGAGGUACAUCCUUAGUCAUAUCCUCCUAUCCUCUUUAUCUGUUUUUAAGCUUUGUCCCACAAGCCUAUGCUCCUCCUGGCACAGUUAUGUAACUUCCUGUUGUGGGUAGUGAACUUCCUCUCGAUCUGCCGCACACUUCUAGUCACAUCACUUCCCCACCCACCCACUCUGGUCCACUUGGGGGUCUAUGGAGCUGGAGCUGGCCUGUCAAUUACCAAUACAACAUAGGUCUGUCAAUGGAUGCAUCUCAAUUAGCUCCCACUUCCUCAUCUCCUUCCUUGUAGGUGAAGAUGAAGGAGAGGAGACAAUGAGAGGAAGCCACCUGUGUCCAGUAUACCCACUGCAGCAGUAGAAGGGGAUUAGCAUGUGCUAAGGGGCGUGUAAGGGUUCAUUUGGGACUGCCCCUGACUUGGGGGGUAAACCUCAUUUUGUUGAAAAUCUCCUUUGACAGUUUGAGAUGUAAAGGUGAUCCCUGCGCCCCCCCUGCACAUCCCACUCCCACCUCAUCCCAGGACCACAGGGGAAGCUUUGGAGCUGAGUGCAGGGUACCGAUUUCCCCCGUCCUCCGCUUUCUUCCCCUCUCCCAGCUCCAGUAAUGCCUCUCUAUAACAGAUUGAUCUGGGCAGAAUAACUCAGUAACUUUCUCCAGUGGCCUUCAAUCAGUUUGCAUGGCUGCUCUGCCCCCUCGUGUAAUUCGCCUAAGGUCUUCUCUCCUCCUCCAAUGGGGCCUCUUUCAUUUUCUCUCCCUCUCUCUUUCUCUCUCUCUCUCUCUCUCACUCAUCCUCCUCUCUCAUCCUCCACUUUUUCCUCACUCAUAAUCAUCUUCAUUAAUCAACUUGUCUCUGUGUGGACUGACUUUGUUGACAAUGAUGUCACUGCUGUGAUGAGAGUUGUUGUCUGAUUUUAGGUUUGUACAUGUUUAUUGUAUUCUGUGUUAUUGGCUGGCUGGGUGGUUAUUUGGCAUGCUAACUAACUAGUCGUAAGAGAAGCCCUCAUUGCUUCUGCUGAAUUAAUGUUUAAUUUGCCCCCGUCUCUGUCACUCAUCCAAAGUAGUGCUUUUAUAGUUAAUGCCCCUACAAUAACCUGGGGACAUUAAAUGUCUAUGGCAAUUUUACAAUAUAUUUUAUGUCUAUGUAAAGCCAUGAUCCUACUCCUACAUGUAUUGGCCGUCAUUGUAAAUAAGAAUUUGUUCUUUACUGACUUGCCUAGUUAAGAUAAAUGUUAAAUAAAAUAAAAAAUAAAUAACAAUUGGCCAUGUCAAUGGCAGGUUGACGUUUAUUGUCAUGAAUCUUGCCUUGGAGGCAGAACUGAGCGAUUUCCGCUAGAUGGACCAGCUGCAAAAUUGGGUAUAUCGUAAAAAUUAAUUAAAACAAAAAUGAGUUUUUUGGUCUUAAUUUAAGGUUAGAGUUAGGCAUUAAGCAGUUUGGUUAGGAUUAGGUUUAAAAUUAGAUUGUAUUACUUUGUGGCUGUGCUAGCUAGUGACUACUGCAGAGCUGCCUCCAGAACAAGAUUCAUGACAAUAAAUGCCAACCUGCUGUCAAUGUCCUUUGGAUAUAUUACAGUUCAUCUCCUUAUAAUUGUUAAAUUAAGCUCUACCACCACCUUGUGGUAAAACAUUUAAACUGCACUACUGCACUGGAUGAGAGAGACAGAUGAAAAUUGCUUAUAUUGCCUUGGAUUUAACAUUCCUUUAGCCUUACCAAAGUAUAGUACUCCCCAGAAGUUAAGAUUUUUCUAAAAUCAUGUCAAUGAGCUAACUAGCAUCCUGAGAGAUAGUUGUCAUAGCAGACUUUAGGGCUAAUUAGUUCCAGGCCUGAAGAGCCACACCACUGGGCACACACUGGUUGAAUCAACGUUGUUUCCACGUCAUGUCAAUGAAAUUUACAUUGAACCAAUGUGUAAUAGACGUUGAAUUGAUGUCUGUGCCCAGUGGGACACCACUGCUUUUUUUGUUUAGACUUGGAAACCAGGUGAGUAGUGGACUCUCUGGCUAACCAAUGACAUUAACUGUUCACUUAGCUACCAGGGACAGAGGAAAACUAGCAGUUCUGUGGCACACCAGAUCAGGAAUCAAACAGCCCUGAUUUCUGUGUCUCCUCUAAUGUUGUUGAGCUGUGAGUAAGACUAGUCUCUGUCCCCUCUGCUUCCUCCCCGCCCCCUCCACCCCUCCCCGACACGCCCACAUUGCCACCCUCUGAAUUAGCUCCAAGGCAAUGGUAUGUACUAACACUGAAGGCUACGCUUCUUUAAUGCUUCUUCACUGACGCCACUAAGACUCACUCACCAAAGGGAACAUGGGAAAUCUUGAUGCCUUCUGAUUGUUACAUAGUUGAGUAUUAUUAUUAUAGCAAUCCAAAUGAUCUGCAAUUCCAGAUCUGAUCUUCAGUAUCUAUAAUUGGGUUGGGUUGUGAUGAGGAAAAAUCUCUCUAGCAUCAUUUCUCAUUUUCCCUUACACUGAGCAUUGAUGAUAUGAUUUGCUGUCUUGUUGGGUCAGUCUACUACUGUGAAGGGUCUGUCACUGUAACAUCAUCCUAUCUAUGGAUCCAUGGAAGUUCCUGUCCAUAGUUUUUGAUUUUUAUCUACUGUGUUAACGUUACAUAUAAAUGUUAGUCCAUGUUAGUUACUGUGUCAGAGAUCAGUUGCUAAAGGUAUAUCCUGUGAGAUUGAAAGUCAUCUAGGGUCAGUUUUCUCUUUCCAUUAUAGAUUGACCCACUAUUUUUUAUGUCUGUCUCUCCCUACCUGUUUGGUUCUGUUGAAUUGUACAGUACAGCAGGUGAGUGUUGGUCUGACUUUCUCUCUCCCUAACCUCUGACCUCUACCAGAACACAGCUCUAGAUAAGAAGAGGAUCCAGCUGACUCGUCGCAGCCAGAGGCCCACAGCACCACCUCCACCCCCACCACUGCCUGGGAAGAAAGUAAUCCAUCCUGCAGCCAUGCCAGUCAAGCAAGCCUCACCAGUCUCACCCAACUCCAAGCUGCCAUCACCCACCAAGCUGCCAUCACCCACCAAGCUGCCAUCACCCACCAAGCUGACAUCACCCACCGAGCCUGCCCUGCCAGAGGAGGAACCCAAGAGCCCUCAGACGGAUGUGCCCGUCCCUGUUUCCCCUCCCAUCUCUCCUUCAACACCUACCAGACCUGUUACCUCUCCCUCUGUCCCUCUCUAUCCUUCCUCUCCCUCUGUCCCUCUCUCUCCUUCCUCUCCUACCAAGCCUAACAUCUCUCUCUAUCCUACCUCCCCUACCAGGCCCAACAACUCUCCCUCUCCUUCCUCUCCUACUAAACCUGUUAUCUCUCCCUCUCCUUCCUCUCCUACUAAACCUGUUAUCUCUCCCUCUCCUUCCUCUCCUACCAAACCUGUUAUCUCUCCCUCUCCUUCCUAUCCUACCAAACCUGCUAUCUCUCCCUCUCCUUCCUCUCCUUCCUCUCCUACUAAACUUGUUAUCUCUCCCUCUCCUUCCUCUCCUACCAAACCUGCUAUCUCUCCCUCUCCUUCCUCCCCUACCAAACCUGUUAUCUCUCCCUCUCCUUCCUCCCCUACUAAACCUGUUAUCUCUCCCUCUCCUUCCUCUCCUACCAAACCUGUUAUAUCUCCCUCUCCCUCUCCUUCCUCCCCUACCAAACCUGCUAUCACUCCCUCUCCUUCCUCUCCUUCCUCUCCUACUAAACCUGUUAUCUCUCCCUCUCCUUCCUCUCCUACCAAACCUGUUAUCUCUCCCUCUCCUUCCUCCCCAACCAAACCUGUUAUCUCUCCCUCUCCUUCCUCCCCUACCAAACCUGUUAUCUCUCCCUCUCCUCCCUCUCCCUCUUCACCUACCAAACUCAAAAUGUCCCCCUCUCUUUCCUCUCCAACCAAGCUCCAUUUCUGUACCUUCCCUCCUGCCUCUCCUAUGCCUGUUACUUGCCCCACUCCUUCAUCACCUUCCAAAUGCAAAGCUUCCUCCCCUCCUCCUGCCCCUUUCUCUCCCUCUGACUUUCCUAGCCCUCCCUCACCCCUGACCUGCUCCCCUCCCACUUCCCCCACCCCUCCAUCAUCCAUUACCUGCUCCUCCCCAACCGUGCCCCAACCCCUGGUGGGCCUUGA